AUGAAUCUGGAAGGGGUAGGCAACGAAGUGAGAUGUCGCGCAUUCCCGGUCACCUUGGCAGGGACUGCAAUUCGGUGGUUCAACAGGCUCCCACAAGGCUCCGUGGUCGCGUUUUCAGACAUCACCCACGCCUUCCUAGUUCAGUUUACUACCCGCAUUGCAAAAGAAAAAUACCCGAUCAACCUCCUCAGGGUAACGCAAAGAGCCGGCGAGCCGACCAGGAAAUACCUAGACAGAUUCAACGAUGAGUGCUUGGAGAUCGACGGCCUAACCGACUCGGUGGCCAGUUUAUGCUUGACGAAUGGGUUGCUGAACGAGGAUUUCAGGAAGCACCUUACCACCAAGCCCGUGUGGAUGAUGCAAGAAAUCCAAAACGUGGCUAGGGAGUAUAUCAAUGAUGAAGAAGUUAGCCAGGUCGUGGCAGCCAACAAGCGGUAG